AUGCAGCGUCCACUGCGGCCUGGGGGCUCCCGGGGGCUCCAGCUUCUCGUCUGCUUCCUGCUGCUGAACAGCUGCCCAGGGGGCUGCAGCGACGUUAGUGCCCACGAUGGUCAGAGCCAAGUUGGAGUAGGACAGCUCUGGCCCCUCCAAGGAUUUACUACCCCAGUCUUCCAGCACUUACAAAUUGUACUCCAGCAGAUUGUACCCCAAGGUCUGUUCUGGAAGGAUGACGUCACCCAGGAUGUGAUGACCCAAAAGAUGGAGCACAUCAGCAGACUCCACCCCCAAGAUUCAUGCCUGAAGGGUGGGAAGGCAGUUUUUCCCACUAAAACCACUGGGGUGAGGGGCAAGCAAGAGGAGAAACUUCGACUCUUACUCCCCAAGAGCCCAAUGGCCAAGGUGAACAAGCAACAGUGCUUUACUUCCAAAGUGGUUUUGAAGGCCUUGAAACGAGAGGUGGCCAAGCCUGUCAAGGGCUUCUUUGGGCCAUUCCCCACUGUGGGCCGCAACCUUGUUGCUGAUUGA